CGAUUCUAGAACGCAAUACACUAAGAUGAAGAUCGUUAGCAGCCUUGCCUUUGCCGCCUUCUUGGCUACCACCGAGGCCUUUGGACCCGCCCAGCCAUUGAAGGGAGUUGUCUCAAACGGUGCCGCUAACGGCAUGACCAUGAGAUACGGUAUCAAGGACCAAGCUCUUCGAGGACGAGUUUGUGCCAUCGUCGAUGCCAACCCUACCAAGGAAAUUGUCGAAGAGGAAUUGCUCAGUGAUUCCAUGUCCGAGGCAAUCAAGGGCGCCAACUGGAAGCUUCGAAAGGCCCUCAUCCGCAAGGUUACGAACCAGGCUGCACGAUACGAUGUUGCCGUCGACCCUGCCUUCGGAAAAGCGUAAGUAGAGAGAAAACAUAUUGAUACAUCGCGUGCCAAUUGAUAAUAAGCGGUGACAAAAGUUAGUAUUGAAACUCAGCAACAAAUUAGAUUGAAGAAACAGUUACAAGAAACGAGUAGAUAGACAAGAAUAGAUGAAGAAACAAUUAGGAACAGAUCCUAUAUAUCCCGGCUGCUCGUGCACGGUACGCGCAAUUGAAAUAGUACACGGAAAAUAAUGUCAUCUCACACGACUUUUUGUCUGGUCUUCACCAAACGCAUCGAAAUGCCUAACGAUUCCCGUCCAAUGCAUCGACAGUGACACCCAGGCCGAACGUGAAGCAAAGGAAGCUGUAGCCGGAGCCGCCAACAAGGCUGCCAAGGUCGCUGCCAUCAAGGCCGCCGCCGACGAAUUCGCCGCUAACCAGGCCGCCCGAAAGGAACGCCGUGCCGCACACAAGGCCCGUGCCGCCGAAGCCCUCGCUGCCCGCAAAUCCGGAGCUCCCGCCCCAGCCGCUGAAGAAGCCGCCGCACCUGCCCCCGCUGCCGGAGGUGAAAUCACACCCAAGACCAUCAAGGCCCUUCGUGACCUUACUGGUGCCGGUAUGAUGGACUGCAAGAAGGCCUUGACCGAAUCCGGAGGUGACCAGGAAGCCGCUGCCGAAUUCCUGCGCAAGAAGGGAUUGGCCCAAGCCGACAAGAAGGCCACCCGUGUUGCCGCCGAGGGUAAGAUUGCUGUCAGCACCGGAAGCGACGGAAAGGCUGUCAUGGUCGAGGUCAACUGCGAAACCGAUUUCGUAGGAAAGGAUUCCACCUUCUUGGCAUACUGCGACCGUGUUGCGGGAGCCGCCUCUGCCUCCGGAACCGUUGUCGUCGAUGACUUGAUGAACGAAGAAGUUGACGGAGAGAGCCUCGAGGCCACCAGACAGGCCCUUGUUUCCAAAAUUGGAGAGAACAUCCAGGUCCGACGAUUGGAAUCUAGGGGUGAUGGAUCCACCACCGUUGGUGGAUACGUCCACAUGGGAACCAUCGGUGUCCUUGUCGAAAUCGAAGGAGGAUCGGAACAACUGUGUACUGAUAUUGCCAUGCACGUUGCCGCCAUGAACCCUCCAUUCGCCACUGCCGAUGAUGUCCCACAAGAGGUCCUCGAUAACGAAAAGCGAAUUCUGACAGAGCAAGCCAUUGAAAGCGGAAAGCCGGAAGCAAUUGUUGAAAAAAUGGUCGAAGGACGAAUCCGCAAAUUCCUCGAGGAGAAGUGCCUUGUGUCACAGAACUACGUCAAGGACAGUGAUUUGACCGUUCAGCAACUCCUUGACAAGAAUGAUGCCAAGAUGAUUGGAUUCUCCCGAUUGGUCGUUGGAGAAGGAAUUGAAAAGAAGGUCGACGAUUUCGCGGCCGAGGUUGCCUCUAUGGCAGCUGGAAACUAAAUUUCCACUAGCGCACACGGAAUCGAAGCCCACGACCACCCUACAAUCAUCAAUAAAACUCUAGCAAUGAC